AUGGAGACUCGCCAGGUGUCCGGGAGCUCCCGGGUGCGGCUGCUGCUGCUGCUCCUGCUGCUCGUGCCUUGGGGCGUAGGCACUGCUUCAGGCGUCGCCCUACCCCCCACGAGGGUUUUCAGCCUCGGCUCCCCUGGCGGGACCUGGGCGGGUCCGGCCACCCGCCUAUCGCCGCGCAGCUUGGCGCUGGCGGACGACGCGGCCUUUCGGGAGCGCGCGCGGAUGUUGGCCGCCCUCGAGCGCCGCCACUGGCUGAACUCGUACAUGCACAAGCUGCUGGUGCUGGACGCGCGCUGAGCGCCCGCGCGCACUUUAAUAAACACGCCGCUGUGCUUCCGCCUGCGCCUCCUUCCUGCGCCCGUGCGUGUGCCGAGUGGGAGGACGGGGUACCGCGGCGGGCGCAGCACCCGCUGCUCUGGCGUCUCGCCCCUCAAUCCUCUCUUGUCUCUCCUUUAAAAAAUCACCUUUACCUCCGUUUAUUUAUUCCUCCGCUCAGAUUUCUGCUCUACCCCCGC